AGGCAUGGAAUUCUAGGAUUCCGCGAGAAGCAUACCUGUGAUGAGAUGAGACCUGCAUUUCACUCUUAACAAUCAUAUGAAGCAUAAUCUUUUUCUUUUUCCUUUCACUUUCCUUCUUUCUUCUUAUUUAAGAUCAAGAAAAUUGCCAUUGCCGAGAAUCGAACCUAGAAGCUCUUAAUCUCGGACAAGCGUAUUUUCGUAUUUAAGGAGCAGAGCGUGAGCAAGAGGAGGAUCUGUCAACUCACAGUCAUGGCACCAGGAGAACACCAUGCAGUUGAUGUUGAGCGGCUUGUCUCUUUAAUGGAGACAACCUUGUCAUCCCAGAGCUUCUCCAUGUGUCCAGACAGCUGCAUCUUUCCCACCCCAAACAUCCUCCUGAGACACAGCAGGAAAGCAUACACCCCAACCGCCUUCUCGAUCGGUCCCCUUCACCAUCGGAAGGCCUACCUGAAGCGGACCGAGAAGAUCAAGCAUAAGUACCUCCAGAACCUCGUGUCCCGGACUGGUGUUGCACUGAAGGACCUGAUUGGCACGGUCGCAAAGAUCGAGGCAGAUGCCCGUAAGCACUAUGCAGAAUAUAUUGACUUUCGUCCCGAGGAGCUUGUGAAGAUCCUGGUCCUGGACGGCUGUUUCCUCAUCGAGUUUUUCCGGAAGUACCGCAUGAAAGACAACUUGGGCCCGGAGGACGAUGAUCCCGUGUUCACAAUGUCCUGUAUGUUCCAGCACUUGUCUCACGACCUGAUACUCCUCGAGAACCAAAUCCCCUGGAUCGUCCUCGAUCACCUGUUCAACCUGACGAGAGACCCACAAAAUCGACAGGGAACCUCCAAUGCAUGUAGCUCUAUCAAUAGGACUUCGUCUGAUGACACCUCCCUCGUGGGUCUUGUCCUCGAGUUCUUCCACCACAUUCUACCUGGUGGUGAUUCGAAGAAGUUGCAGGUCAAGACUGGCCAACCGAAGAGUAGGCAUAUUCUCGAGCUGCUAAGGGACCUGUUGAUCUCGGAUUCAAUAACUACUGGGCAGGGGAAUUGUGAAAACUCAUGGCCUCCCAUCCCCUCGGCCACGGAGCUCGAGACCGCAGGGGUUACUCUGAGAAAGAGCAGUUCGCUUGGAUUGGACAUUUCCUUCAAGAACGGGGUCCUUGAGGUCUCACAGAUAACUAUCCAAGAGGUGACAGAAGCGCUGUUCCGGAACAUCAUAAGCUUCGAGCAGUGCUCCCAGAAAUGUCUUCCGGUCUUCACUUCCUACGCCAUACUCUUGGACAACCUCAUUAAUACUCCGGAAGAUGUGGACCGGCUCUCCAAGAAAGGGAUCGUUGACAACUGGUUGAACCCAGAGGAUGCAACCAAGUUCUUCAACAAGCUGUACCAUGACGCUUAUGUCAAGGAAUUCUACUACCCGAAACUCUGCUCUGACGUGAAGAGAUACUACCGGAAGAGCUGGCCCUCCUGGAGGGCAUCGCUCGUGCGGAAUUACUUCAGUACUCCUUGGGUGGUCGCAUCCACCUUCGCCGCGAUCUUCUUGCUGGUGCUAACCUUCCUGCAGACCUUGUACAGCGUGAAAGGAGAUCCACCUAAAGGUCCAAAGUAGUUAACUUCGCGUGAUAAGAUUGGUCACUUGUUACUUCUUUUCUUUAUAGAUUGUCUGUGGCAUUACGGCGUGAUCCCUGUACGGCAUUGUAACAUGAUCUGUGAAGUCGGUCCUUGUCGGGAUUUGUACCUCGUUGCAGAAUGGGCUCGGUAAAACUGCAUCUAUCUUAAUAAUGAUCUCGUGUGUAUUAGACGAUGGUGUAAA